CCAGGUAAAAUCGACAUAGACAGGUAGAAGGCGCUGCAGCGCGCGCUGUUUUCGGUUCGCAUCGUCAAAUAAUCCAAAAUUGUGAUCACAUAGAACAUCGGUACUCCUUCCUGGCUGUCGAACGUGUUUUUGAUAGUCUCAAAGUCUCGGGCAGAGCUGCGGCAUCGAGGAAUUUGGUGGCAUCGGACACUAAACGGAACGGACCGGAUCAGAUCGAAUCGAAAAGCGUGGGUGCUGUGCGUUACGUUACGGACGUUAAAUGCUCUACCACAGAGUAGUAACCGAUUCUGGUACAGAAUAAUAUAGGAGGGCAGCAAAUAAUAAGAAAAUUUGAACGACUCGGACGCGACACGCGGCGACACCGAGGAGAAAUCUCCGAGAAUCAAUCGAAAGAAAGAAAUUUUGUCUUCCUGCUUUUGGCCCCCAAGAAGAGAAAGAAAAGUGCGCAAAAGAUUUAUAUAUAAUCGCUAAAGAAAAUACGGAAGCAGGCGUCUGUGGCGGCGGUAAUAAAAAAAAAACGCAAUUGUUAUAUACCCCAUGUAUAUUUACGUCUAUAUGUUCUCUCGGUUGAAAAGUUCUUUUGUGCAGAAAAAGUCCACAUCUAAAUAAAUUACUUAUAAAAACCCAAAAAAAAAAAUAAAUAAACCAGCAGCAAUAACCACAACAACAACAUCCUCAAGAAUCUCACUCCCAGCUCCCAGCUCUCUCGCAGUAGCUGUAGCUCUCUUCUCCCCCAAUCUUCCCCAAUCUACAUAUUUGACGAAUCAAGAAUUCUUCAAACAACAACACACAAAUAGAAUAAAAAUAAAAAUAAAUUUCUGUUCGAGAUUGCGCGGCACUUAUGCCAAACUAAUAACUAAAUCACAAAAAUGGAUUACAAAUUCGUUGUUUUCAAUGCUGCCCGCGAUAACAACCUGGCCCAGCUGAAGGCCACCCUGUACAACAAGAGUGCCAGCGAAGUGGGCAGCCUGAUCUCGGCAAAGGUCAACGGAGCCACUCCGCUGGUGAUUUCGUGCCGGAACGGACACUACGACAUUGUAGAAUAUCUAUUGACAAAGUGUCGGGCCAAUGUGGAGCAGGUUGGCUCCGUCAGCUUCGACGGGGAGCCCAUCGAGGAUGCGCCACCGUUGUGGUGUGCGGCGGCCGCCGGCCACCUGGGCAUCGUCAAGAUGCUCGUGCGCCGGGGAGCGAACGUGAACAGCACCACUCGGACGAACUCGACGCCGCUGAGAGCGGCUUGCUUCGACGGACACUACGAGAUCGUCAAGUAUCUAGUGCACCAUGGAGCGGACUUUGAAGUGGCGAACCGUCACGGACACACCUGCCUCAUGAUCGCCUGCUACAAGGGCCACUUCCGCAUCGCCCAGUAUCUGCUCUCCCUGAACGCCGACGUCAACCGCUGCAGUGUGAAAGGAAACACAGCGCUGCAUGACUGCGCAGAGUCCGGAUCCCUUCAGAUCCUCCAGCUACUCCUCAAGCACGGCGCCACCAUGGACGUGGACUACUACGGAAUGACCCCGCUGCUGGCGGCCAGUGUCACCGGUCACAUGCCCAUCGUGGAGCACCUUAUCACGCUGCCCUGCGUCAGCAGAGAGUCGCGCAUUCACGCUCUGGAGCUGCUGGGUGCCACUUACGUGGACAGGAAGCGCGACAUGGCUGCGGCUCUGUCGCUGUGGCGUCGGGCGCUGGAAGAGCGGGCUCUGGAGCCGCCGCUGGAGAAGAAGGUUCAGGAACCAGUGGCUGCCUACGAGAUGGUCCGCGAGGUGACCAACAUCGAGGAGCUGGAGGAGAUGGUGUUGGACCCCGAUGAGAUGCGAAUGCAGGCUCUGGUCAUUAGGCAGCGUAUCUUGGGGCCCACUCAUCCCGACACCAGCUACUACAUUCGAUUCAGGGGAGCUCACUAUGCCGACGCUGGACGCUUCGACCGUUGCAUCGAGCUCUGGUCGUACGCCCUCACCAUGCAACAGAAAAUCCUUCAGCCCCUCAGCCCGAUGACCCAGUCCUCGCUGUUGUCCUUUGCCGAGCUGUUCAGCUUCAUGCUGGUGGAGGCGGGUCGUCUUCUGCCCAGAGGUCGCGUUGUUCCGCCCAUCGAGACGGAGGGAAUGCUGACCAUUUUCUACAAGGCAGUCAAGGAGGUGGAGCGGGGCCAGGCCUUCAACCUGGAGCAGCAAAAGGACCAGCAGCAACCUCUGAAGCAGCUGCCCGCAGCUGGCAUGUCAUCGUCCUGCUCCUCGUCGUCCUCCUCCUCCUCGUCAUCAUCCUCUGCUGCAUCAUCCGCAUCCGCCUCAUCCUCGACAACGCUGCUAUCGGCACACCAGCACGAUUGCAACCAUGACCCCAACGCCCUGAGUCGCACCAUGAUAAGUGCCAUUCACAUAGGCUGUCUGCUGAGCUCUCUUCUAGACACCACAAGCCUGACACCGGAGAUGCGGCGGCAGGUGAUGGCAGCCCUGUACCGCCUGAAUCGUUUAAAAGUUCGCGUCCGCUUCGAUCGGACGGCUCUGCAUUAUGCCUGCUACAGGGAGGGCACGCUGGCUGGCCGCUAUCCCUCCUGCCAGUUCCCGUCAGUGAGUCUGGCAAAGGCCCUGCUGGAAGUGGGCGCCGACCCGAAUGCCAUCGACGAGGCGGGCAACACACCGCUGCAUCUGGCCACCAUGCAGCCCUUCGUAGAGCCCCUGUCUCAUAUCCUGCUCGAGGGAGGCGCGCAUUUGGACACCAAAAAUUAUGCUGGCGAGACUUUCGAGAGCCUGCUGUACCCCACACCCAUGCACAAGGUGGUCGAUCCCAUGAAGUAUACGACGCUGGCGUGCUUGGCCGCUAGGACGAUCAAGAAGCACGACAUUCGAUACGAGGGUACUGUGCCGGCCACUCUCUACGAGUUCAUCGAGCUGCACUAAAGGAAGGGAUCGGGACGAGGACUGGACUGUAGGGAGUCAAGCACCCAAUUUACUCAAUCGCUCACUCGAUCACUCGCUAGAGCAACCGAUCAACCGCCUGCCCGCCCGCCAUCCACUAAUAAUAUACCUAUACUACUACUGCUACGACUACCGUCUAUAUAAUGUACAUUUAAAGAUGGAGAGAGAGAGAGAAAGUUUAAAACUAUGCUGAAUCAGGAUGACAUGGAGGAGGAAGACACGGGAGCUAAAAUCGUACUAACGACUGGGAACUGAUUUGUGAUGUUAGCAAGCAAAGUGCCUGAAUCGACGGAUCAGGCCAUCAGGACGAAUUCGACGAACGUCAACCACUGACAACGACAACUGAAACCACUAAAAAAGAAACAAGAAAUCAACGCAAAGAAAAGCUCUUGGAAAAACGAAUUGCUGUCUUUGAUUUUGGCAAGGAACUUGUGUUUGAUAUUUCUUUUUUUUUAAUGUGUUCUUGCUAUUCUAUUUUAUAUAUGAAUUAUGAUUAAAGUAAUACUGUAUGUACAUUUAACUAUAUGUCCCGAGCGCCGAGGCGUGAUUGGGCAGCUUAAUUUUAAUUACCCGGCCGGCUAAUCUCCGGCGACUCCUCAGAGCUGCCGCAAUCACGUUCAGGCCGGCGGAAAAUAAAAACAAACUAAAUCUUAAACCAAAAAGCAACCACAAACUAAAGUAUACCGACCACCCCCACAGAUCCCAUCAAAGUGAUUCGUUAACUUAUAAACGAGAAAUCUAUGUUUUGGAAAUAUAUAAAAUGUAUCUAACAAUCGUGGCCCGAAAUUUCUGUGCAAUCCGAGUCUAGAUGUGGUUUAUUGGAAAAACUUUUCAAACACCAAGUUUAUUAGAAGGAAUUGUCAAUUGGCUUUGAGAGAAUAUAAGAUAUUUUUUGCAUUAACUUUUAACCAUCAAAUGAGAAUAUCGGUUAGCCUAGUAGAAUAUUUUAGAAACUUUAGUCAUUUUAGCUCUAGAACGGCUGAAUUUUUCGUAGAACCCACGGGCCUAGCUUAGCAGGAAAAUGUCUUCGAUGGUUACCGUCUAAUGCAGAAAACCAAAGCCGCUAACACCACUUCUGAGCCAAGUGCAUUGAAUGAAGACAUGGAAACCUAAAAAUAAUUGUAUCUAUGUAUCUAUGCAAAUGCUUGAAUCGCAACCCUAGAAAAUAAGCAACUGCAAGUGGAUUUUAAAGAGCGAUAUUUUAUGGAAAUCAGGCUUUAAUCUGGAAGGGUGAAUUGGUUAAUUACAUUGUGCAACAAACUACACGGCUGUUGGUCGGAAUAACUUAAAGGUCCAAUGGUGAACAAAUAUUAAUUAAAUCUUGCAACUAAUUGUCAAUUGGGAAGUCACCUUAAAAGCACUCGCAGCAAUCAGCUUUGAAAAAUUAUGCGCUCUAAAGUAAUUCAGUGUUUUGUUGCACAGUGUUCUUGAGUUUGAAACGAAGAAUGUCUGAGCUGUCUGAAUGUAUUUAUUGUAGAAACUAAAUUUAAAUACCAUUUUCGAGGCAGAAAUAAAACUGAUAACUAACUUUUAA